AUGGCAAAGAAUGGCCGCAAGUGUGCAGUGAAGCAGUCCGAUGACAGCGCCAAGCCUGCCGAAAUGAAACUUUUAACCCUACGCCAUGAUGCGGAUCUGUGGUACAGAAUACGUGUCCUUCUCCACGAUCUCAGCAACAUCGGCAAUGAUCCGUCUGCUGAGAAACGCCUCUCUUCGACAAUGCACGAGUUAUACAUCAGCGCACCCUACUUUACGGAAUCCGAGGCUAUCAAGGUCCGGACUACACUGAUUGACAACACUACAGAGGCCACAACAAUAGAGGACCAAAAACACCCCUCUUUGUCUCCUUGUGAGAAGGCUACACUGGAGGAGGCUAUUCAUAACAGACUAGCCAACUUCUUCGACAAGCGUAAGGCUAGCGGCGAUUCAAGGCCGUGCGGACCGCACGACAUGGUCCCAAUCUACGUAAGCGCUUUUGGCAUUGGGAAGGAGGAGCUGGAGGAUGAGAAGUUCUUGAGUCGGUUGAGGAGGUCUGGACUUGGAGAUUUUAAGUCACCAAACAGUGCAGCAAGCCGCCAAGGCGAGAGUUAUAUGAAAGGCCAGAAGAAGGGAGGAAAGGGCAAGUAA